GUACACCCUGUCCGUGCCCGCUGGCUCGGCAGAGGCCCUGUCGCGGCAGGUCGUCAAAGCAGAUUCAGCUACUAUUUUGGUUCCAGAGCUUGAAUUUGAGAUCCCAUCGCACACGCAGAAGGGAGUACUGUCCACAGUGGAAGGAAUGCUCAGGCGAGCCCUGGAAAACCUUCAGGCCCUGCAGGAAGUCCGCAGGCGUGUGGAUCCUAUCAAUGCAGACAAGAUCGAUGGCUUCUGCUCAAGACUAGAGAAGUGCAGCUUGGGAGAGGAAGGUUUCACCCUGAUCCUGGACGACCCUGCUGGCAACAGCUUCAUCGAGUUUACUGGCGACUCCCUGGAGACUGACCCCCAGCUGACAGCAGCGAAAUAUGAGCGAACAAAAGAGCAACAGGAGGAAAUAGGCUUACUUACCCCAGACGAUGAACCUGGCCGUGAGCGUCCCACCAGCCCGCCCAGUGAUCCCCAUCAUGGGCCUCAUGCCAGAGGCACAGCACAAUCCCCUGCGACCAUUGCACGCUUGGAGGGAAGCUAUGAGGAUUCAUUUUUGAAUGCUUAUGCGGCUGCUCCAGAGGAAGUCUUGAUUCUGCCGGGCCAGUGCCUUGCAUGUGGCGUUGCUGGCGAAACAAGGAUGUUUCCCAUCACCAUACCUUAUUUCAAGGAGGUCAUAGUAAUGUCCAAUGCCUGUGACUCCUGUGGCUACAAGAACUCUGAGCUGCGCCCAGGAGGUGGCCUGACCGAGUGUGGCAGGAAACUUGUGCUGAAGGUCGAGGAGGUUGGGGAUUUGAAUCGCGAUGUAAUCAAGUCACACAGUGGCGACAUUGAGAUUCCAGAAUUGGAAUUUGCAAUGGGUGCUGGUGGACUCCAGAGUAUCAUCACCACAGUGGAGGGCUUGGUCAUGUCAGUCAUCGAGGAGAUGAAGAAAUUGUGCGUCUUCCAACUAGGCGACAGUGCUGACGAGGUGGUUCGCGCCAAGUUCACCCACUUCCUUGAGGAGCUCGAGAGCUGCGCCAAACUGGAGCGCAAGUGGACGCUUGUGAUCCGUGACCCCCUGGCCAACUCCUUCAUCGCCCCCCUGUGCGAAGACCCAUCCCAGGACGACAGGCUGACCGUGGAGGAGGUGGAGCAGACUGAGGAGGAGAGGAACUACUACGGGAUCAAUCACCUGAAGGAGCAGGAGAGGCUCGACGCCCUCCGUGCGCAGGGGAGCGCAUCCGGUGCUGCACAGGAUGCCACUUCCUGCCCUCCUGAAUCGGGGAGUGGGGCUGCUGCUCAAGAGCAGUCGUGA